AUGAAUACGUUUGACGAUGAUGAUGAUGAUGGUGGUGUACGCCUGCAAGAUAAUUUAUGUGCAAAUCGUUUGCUGGUUCAGCUAAAGCACAAAUUCAAGGAACCUACUAUGACUUUAAUGGAGGAACGGGAUUCGGCUGCUAUCAUAUCUCAGCGUUGGAAUACCACACUCCCUGGUUUCUACUCUUCAAACAAAAUUAACUACGAUUGCGAAUUCAAAGUAUUGAGCAGCGAGGACGCCUAUCGCAAUCCCCGUGGGAUUUACACUGUGAUAACACACCUGAAGUUUCGUCACCAUCCGGAGACAAACAACUGUUUAGAUUACAUACAAUUUCGCAGUGGCAAUCGUUCGCCCAGUGACCCCAUUUGCAAUAUUGAUGGGACUUCGAAUCGGGUAAUAGAUCAAAGAGAUCGCGAUGUCAGCAUUUUCAUACACAUCGACAAGAGUCGUAUGAUUACGGAGCCAUUGGAAUUAAGCAUGGUGCUGACUGCACAUUCGGAAUGUAAGAAUUCUGGAGAUUUUUUAUGUGAACCCACAGAUAAAUAUUCGUGCAUAUCACACCACUUUGUUCGUGACAAUAUAACAAAUUGCAAAUGUGAUGAGGUAUCCUGCUCCCCAGAAUUAGUUCCGGUGCGAGAAGUGGAUACAACAAGUGUGGCUUUGUCGGCAAUAACAUCGUUAAUCUUUACCAUGGUGGGUGUGGGUUGUUGUGUGUGGAUUUGUUGGAAAUAUUGGAAUUGCAUAACGGUGCAUCAACGUUCGCACGACUCUACUGGUUCGGUAUCCGGACGACGUCAUUCACAGCGUCAGCAUUGGUCCCAGCAUCAACAACGCAAUGAAAUUAGGGAUGUUCCUGUAAUUGAAUUGCCAACAGCGCCCACAUAUGACAUUGAAACCACAAUUGCAAAUCACAACCGAGAUAUACCGGGACAAAAUCAUCAUGAUCCAUCAAAGGACUUACCGCCAAGUUAUGAAGAAUUGUUUCCCGAUAGAUAA